AUGAAGAUCAUUGCUGCCAUUUCCCUUCUUGCCGCUUCGGCUUCUGCCUUUUCUGUGGACAGCAUCCCCGGUGCCAUUGCCCCAACUGGUCUUUUUGAUCCUCUUGGCUUUGCCGCCAAGGCUGACGAACCAACCCUCAAGCGAUACCGCGAGGCUGAACUCACCCAUGGCCGUGUUGCCAUGCUUGCCACCAUUGGUUUCUUGUCAACCCUGUCUUCUGGAUUCUUGUUGGGUGCUGGUAUUGCCAAGGCCGAGACUCAACGUGCUGAGAUUGGCUGGGUUGAGCCCAAGAAUGUCCCCUUUGACAAGCCUGGUCUCUUGAGGGACACCUAUGUCCCCGGUGACAUUGGCUUUGACCCCCUUGGAUUGAAGCCUGAAGACCCUGAAGAGUUCUUCCAAAUGCAAACUAAGGAACUCCAAAAUGGACGUCUUGCCAUGCUUUGGGCUGGCUGCUGGUUUCCUAGCACAGGAGCUUGUCAAGGAAAGGGAAUCAUCGAGAACCUUCUCAACUAA